AUGCACGAAUUCCGGUCUCAUCGAUUUUUUGGCAUUUACAACUUAAGUGGUCCAAUUUUCGUCAUUCAAGAUCCAGAACUUAUCAAACAAAUUUGUGUGAAAGACUUUGACAAUUUUACGAAUCAUCCGAAUGUCAUAUCAACGGUGUACGAUGAGCUCCUUCCCAACUCUUUGAGUAUCUUGAGGGACCAAAAGUGGCGCGAUAUGCGAUCGACACUGAGUCCCGCCUUCACGGGCUCGAAGAUGCGAAUGAUGUUCGAUCUGAUUCGCGAGUGUGCCGAUGACUUUGUCACUUACUGCAAGGAAAAUUUGGAUGAAAAUGAUUUAAUUGAGAUAAAUGUGAAAGAUAUUUUCUCGAAAGUGACGACUAACAUAAUUUCCAGCACCGCAUUUGGUUUGAAAGUUGAUUCAGUACGAGACACGGAGAAUCCUGUUUAUUAUCACGCAUUACGUUCCUUCGACUUACGAAGUCAAGCAGCAAUUUUGCGAACAACAGUGAUUGCCGGAUUUCCUCGCAUCGCAAAAUGGCUUAAAAUGAGUUUUGUUCCGAAAGAUUCUCAGGAAUUCUUUAAAAAAGUGGUGAAAGACACGAUUGAACAUCGUCGUAAGACGAAGGAAACUCGUCCGGAUGUCAUUCAACUUUUGAUGCAAGCGCAAGAUGGGACUUUGACGCAUGAUAUCGACUCGAAAGAAGAUAGCGAAGGUUUUGCAGUGAUUGAAGAAUCCGAUGUUGGCAAGACAAAAAUUACGAAAACGUGGAAUGAUGUAGAGAUUGCAGCACAAUGUUUUCUAUUUUUUAUCGCUGGGUUCGACACGACUUCAACUUUUCUUACAUUUGCUAGUUAUGAAUUAGCGGUGAAUGAAGAUGUGCAGGAGAAAAUUUUCAAUGAAAUUCGUGAAGCGAAGGAAAAACUGAUGGGAAGACCGAUUAACUACGAAACUUUGCAGAAAAUGGAAUAUUUGGACGCUUUUGUGUCAGAAGUUUUGCGAGUUCAUCCACCUGGAUUCAUAACUGAUCGUGUUUGCAACUCAGAUACGGAAAUCGAGGACCAUGAAGGCCGCAAAUUCAUAAUUCCCAAAGGAAAAAUGAUUUGGGUCAACAUUUAUGGCAUGCAUCAUUCACACAAAUAUUUCCCGAAUCCGGAACAAUUUAAGCCAGAACGGUUUUUGGGUGGUAAUAAGGAAAAAAUUAUUCCCAACAGUUAUAUUCCGUUUGGCAUUGGACCUCGCGCUUGUAUCGGUUCUCGCUUUGCUUUGAUGGAAAGCAAGAUAAUUCUUUACAGCAUUUUAUCAGAGUUCAAAUUCGCUGUUUGUGAUAAGAGCUUGGUGCCGAUGCGAUAUGGCAUUGGAAUGACCAUAGGACCAAGGGUCGACUUAAUUGUUGCACUCAAGAAACGAUAAAAAGAUGUUCAGAACUUUAAUUAAUGAUAAGCAAAAAAAAAAAUGACAGAUAAAAAUUAAUUUGCGCGUAUAAAAUGGAAACAGACUAUUUUGAAAUAAUUAAUUAUUUUGCU